ACUCCACCGCCACAAGACUACUAGCCUCGAGAAGUAGCAAGCAACACAUCCAACCAGCCUAGAGAAAAGUCCACCCUUCUUCCUCACUCUUGAGAGUUUGCUGUUGCUUUGCUCACUCUCGCUCUCUUACCUCUCUCUAUCUCUUUCAGUUUGGCUCGCCUCCCUCGAUAACAGGUCGUUUCGGUCACCGUUCCCCGUGCUCGCACUUCUGAAGCAGGACUCGCCCUAGGACUCACCAUUCCGUCUCUCGGUCCAUUAGCUCCUCUCGUGUAGUUGAGCCUCGUUUGGAGUUAGCGGUAGCGAAAAAAAAAAAAAAAAAAAAAACAAACAAACAAAAAACCAAGUCGCGGAAGUUCACUCGUGUGUUGAGGUUUCUGUUAUCGAUCCACAGUCUAAGAGCCGGUUGGCUCCUGAAGCGACGCAACGCAGCAGUGCCUGCGUCUUUCGCCUCGUCUCGUUGGAAGUGAGGGAGCGACGACACGAUGAACGACUUGCUAUGGGGUGCGAGCCCUCCCCGCCGUUCGAGCACGGAUGACGUGGACCUGGAGGAGGGCGGCGUGGAGGAAGCGGGGGAAAUGGACCAACGCAUGCAGGAAUUCCACCGCGAGGUGAAGGACAUAAACGAGAACAUGGACCAGAUGAGAGGGAAGCUGACGCGGCUGCAGGAGGCGCACGAGGAGAGCAAACGAGUCACGCGCGCGUCGGCCAUGAAAGCUAUAAAGGAGCGAAUGGAGGGGGAUAUCGACCAGGUGCUCAAGAUAGCGCAGGCGAUCAAGCGCAAGAUCGAAGCGCUGAACAAAGCCAACGAGGAGAGUCGCAAGGUGCAAGGGUGUGAGAAGGGCUCGGCAACGGACCGGCAACGAAUGAUCAUCACCACGACGCUUUCCAACAAGCUCAAAGCGCUCAUGAACGAGUUCCAGGAGCUGAGGGACAAGUUUCAGCGGGAAUAUCGCGACGUGGUGGAGAGGCGCUACUUCACAGUCACGGGGCAACGUGCCGACGCUGAGACGAUCGACACCCUGAUUGACAACGGGGAGAGCGAGGCGAUCUUCCAGCGGGCGAUUCAGGAGCAGGGCAGAGGACAGGUGAUGGACACGUUGGCUGAGAUUCAGGAGCGGCACUCUGCAGUGCAGGACAUAGAGAAGCAGCUUCUGGAGCUGCACCAGAUAUUCAUGGACAUGGCGGUGCUGGUGGAGUCCCAGGGCGAGCUGCUCGACAACAUAGAAGUGCAGGUGGGGCAAGCAGUGGACCACGUGCAGCACGGCACCAAGCAGCUGGUGGAAGCCCGCAAGACACAACUCAACACUCGCAAGUGGAUCUGCUGUGGCGUUAUCCUCGUUAUAGUCAUCAUCAUCGUUAUCGUCAUCGUUGUCGUCAAGCCUUGGGAAUACAUUCCAAAGAAAUGAGAAGCACGCCUGCUCUGAUUCUUAUCCGCCACUUCAUUCAUCAGUACAGUCUUUAAUGAAGUUUAGGGUCAUUGUAACUUGGCAACACUGUUACUAUUUUGAUGGUGUGUAGCAGCAGCCUGAUUCAUUUUGUUAUUGUACUAGGAGAUUAUUGUAGCAGCUGUUUGCUUGUUUGUUAUUGUAGUCCUGCAGUGUUCCAACAAGUAGGCACCAGUUCACAAAUGAAGUGCUUUAAUAAUU